AUGUUGGUAAAAUAUCCACAAGAUUGUAACAAAACAUUUUUACCAUCGGUAACAUCAUUUUCUCAUGUUGGAUGUUUUGCUGGGACAAACAUCACAGAAUUUAAUUGUCCAAGAUCUAUUAAAUCAUUUGGAUCACGAUCAUUCCAUAAAUGUCCUGUUCUUAAAGUAAUUAAUCUAUCACAAUCGCCAGCAACACUAAUUGAAACAGAAAUGUUUUACGGAUGUUGGUCACUAGAAACAUUGAUACUUCCUCCCAAAACAACAACAAUAUUGGGAAGGAUAUUGGGAGAAGUUAAUCUUACAAAUUUGGUUUUACCUCCAACAGUUAGAACUGUUAGCGAUAGUUUCCUUUUAUCUCGUAUUGAUGUUGUUGAAUAUUGCGGACAUUAUAACUUGAAUGGAUAUUUCCAAACAGAAUCAAACUUUAUCCUGGUUGAUGUGAAAUAUCCAUAUGAUAUAUUCAUGAAUACCCGAAACUUCAAUAGAGAAUUAACCAAGUGCCCAAAGGAAAGAAUAUCAUCUCCAGCAUAUGAAUACAUGCAUCAUUUAUUAGUAAUUGGCCGAGCAUAUAAAAGAAGAUAA